UUUCCUAUUUCUCAUUUGACCCUCCUCUGCCUCUGAUUGCGCUUACUGCUCAAGAACACUGAAAUACGGUUUCAAUUUCAAAUUUCAAAUAAAAUCCAUUAUCGUAAAUAACAAUUAAUUAUUUUAAGGAAAGAGAAAACCAAAAUGGUUAAUUAAGAGGCCAAUGCCCAUUUCUAUUUGCUUCGCAGACGAAAAUCCUUGAAAGUCCAAGAAGCGAAGAGGAGGAAAGGAAAUUUGUGUAAGCGGUUUUGAAUCUUCUAAUCUUUGAUCAAUCAUCACUUCUGUGGUUCACUAAAGUAAUGGCUGGACCAUCAUGGCUAGUGGAUGGUCAUAGAUUUGCAAGAAAAAUCAAGAGUGCAUCUAAUCCUGAAAAGGUGAUAUGGGAGAGCAAUCCAUCUAAAGCUUGUCCAAAUUGCCACCAUGCUAUUGACAACAGUGAUGUUACUCAAAAGUGGCCUGGACUACCUAGAGGUGUGAAGUUUGAUCCAACUGAUCAAGAAAUUAUUUUGCAUUUACUUGCAAAAGUUGGUAUGGGAGGUUUGGAACCGCAUCCUUUCAUUGAUGAAUUCAUUCCUACUAUUAACAAGGAUGAUGGAAUCUGUUAUACCCAUCCUCAGAAUCUACCAAGUGUCAGGCUAGAUGGGAGUGUAUCUCACUUUUUUCAUAGAGCAAUCAAAGCUUACAAUACUGGGACUCGAAAGCGUCGUAAAGUUCAAGGUGAUGAUUUUGCCGAUGUCCGCUGGCACAAGACUGGCAGGACUAAACCAGUGAUAUUGGAUGGGGUUCAGAAGGGAUGCAAGAAAAUUAUGGUUUUAUACAUGAGCACAGUUAGGGGUGGCAAAGCAGAGAAAACUAAUUGGGUGAUGCAUCAAUAUCACCUGGGAACAGGUGAGGAUGAGAGGGAAGGAGAGUAUGUGGUUUCAAAAAUAUUUUAUCAGCAGCAACAGACUAACAAGGGUGACAAAAUUGAAGAUGGUUUACAUGAAAAUAUUGAUAUUAUGAUCACAAAAGUGGAUCCAGUAACUCCCAAGUCUGUGACUCCUGAACCUCCUCGCACAGAAAGGCGAUGCCUGGAUUUUGAUUUGGGAGAGCAACAGACUAACAAGGGUGACAUAGUUGAAGAUGAUUUACCUGAAAAUAUUGACACUAAGAUCGCAAAAGUAGAUCCAGUAACUUGCAAAUCUGUGACUCCUGAACCUCUUCACACACAAAGGCGAUGUCUGGACUUUGAUUUGGGAGAAGAGUCUACUGUUAUUAAUGAUUACAUAGACCCCUGUACUCAGUAUUCUCCUAAGCAUGUGGAAGUUCAGACAGAACCUGAAUGUGAAUACCCCAAUAGUGAUGACCAAUUCAAGACAGAAAAUCUUUCUGAACAAAUGGUGGAUAAUAAUGAUACUGACAUUGAGCAAGAACUAAAUUGUUGGGACAGUGAGUUGCAGAAUCUGUUGGAUUCACAACAGAUAGUGGAAGGGCUAUCUUUGUGUGAUGAGCUCCUUCAAAGCCAAUCUCCUAACAGGUAUGGAAAUGGAAAUGAAAGAGCCAAUCAGAAACCCCGUCUUUCUGAUUAUGCCCAGUUAGGACCAGAGGAUUUAAAGAAGGAUCUGGAGGAGUGUCAAAAUCUGGUCCUUGGUCCAGCUAACGUAGAACUUGAUACACCUUCAGAGUUCAGACUAAGUCAGCUUGAAUUUGGAUCACAGGAAAGCUUUCUUUCAUGGGGUGGGGGUAAAGCGAUAGACUAAGUGUGGUUUGGGUACCUUCAACCCUUGUCGAAGCAGAAAACAUCAUUUUGUGUACUACUAUUUUGGAUACUUCACGUGUUUGGUUGGGUUUUGAAAACCAAUUAUUUUGCUGGAUGACUUGAUCUGUAAUUCAUGAUGACGAAGGUAAUGGUUCUUACCGCCAAAGGUGUAAUUAUGCUCAUGUCACGUUAAUGCUAGAUAAUAGAUUCAAAGUUAUGGGUCUAUUUCUGUUCUUAGACUUAAAGCAAAAAUUCAGAAGUCUUCGGAAAACAUGAGAUGAUAUGUCCAUUAUAAUUGAUACACCAGUAUCCUGUGGAUCUUGCUAAUGGCUCUAAUUGACAGGACCCUCGUGCAUUUUUUGGGAGUGGCAAUUCUCUAAGGCAUGGAGGAGCUUGAAACAUGAGAUGAUAAGUCCAAGUUGUCAAAUUUUGAUUAGAAUCUAUUCGAGUACUUGAAUUAUAUUUGUUUAAAAUCAAAUGCUCUGUAAUUUGAUUAAAUAUAUACCUUUGGCGCUUUUUCUAAUUGUAGCCUUUAUUUUGAUAAUUUUAAUAUUAAGGGGACGUUUGCUAUAA